AUGGCGGUGGAGUACCAGGAGGUGAGCUAGCUCCUCAAUCUGAUUCAAUCAGUCCUCAGAACCUCCAAUCGGUUUCGUGUUCACAUGAAUCCGGAUUGAUUGUGGGGCUGGGAUUUGCAGGAGUAUACCACGAACUCUAGAGGUGUGCAGCUUUUUACGUGCAGAUGGUUACCUGUUUCCUCGCCUCUCAAGGCCCUCGUCUUCCUCUGCCAUGGUUAGUAAGAUCUCUCCGCAUCCAGUCCUCCCUCUCCUUCACGUUGGAGAAUCAACCGGAAGCUAGUUAUUCUGGCCAUUACUUUUAUUCACUUGCUGAUCUGUUUUCUCUCUCUUGUUCUCCAAUUGCUUCUGGGAUGCAGGAUACGGGAUGGAGUGCAGCGGCUUCAUGAAAGGUAUAUACUACAAAACGCCUUCUCCGUACAUCUUAAUAAAGAAGGAGAAGCAUCUGGGAUUCUCCAUGUUCUAUGCAUUGCAGCCAUCGCCUGUGCCCUUCCGGAUCUUUCCUCCCUCACAUCCGCAAAUUGGGUGUCUCAAACUUUUCGACAUGAAUGAUCUCGCUUGUCGUGAUAUUCAUUCAAUACUGAUCUGAUUGAGUACACACCGAGUACAGAUCAUACUACUCUCGGCUCACUCUUGACUGGCUUUGAUUCACAGAGUGCCAGGAAAGUUCAAAUUAUACGUCGAAGAAAUUGUCAGACCACCAGCUCAAGUUGAAUUCGAUUUCACCACCGAUACUUCCGAAUUCAUGCUCCAUGGUAGAGAUUUGGCCGGAAGCUUCCAGCUCUUGUCCCUCCUCUCCCAGGUCGUCUUCCUCCCCGCCGGUAGGCUCCUGAUAGCAGGCACAUAGUCGGAUGAUGGCGACGUGUGUGGUGAGAGAUCCGUCCACAUUCUCUGACUUCAUCCCAUCCUUAUCCUCGUCACCGCUGCGUAGAUGUGUGCGAAUCGCCGGCGUGUGGAUCACCUUCUCCAUGGUCGUGCUUCUCUGGUAAUCCGUCUGACCUAGCUCGGGAUGACGGCAUCCCCAUCCACCCCUAGACCGUAAUCAAAGCAUUCUUCCGAUUCAGAACGGAAAACCGCAUUCACUCUUGAUGCUCUCUUAGUGUCUUACGUCUUCGUCACUGUCAGCGCCGUCUAGAGUUGAACAUCGGCAGUAAUGGCGAUGUUAGGUGAAAUUCUUAAAGAAGAGCAUAAAGUAAUACGAUCCUCAAAUUUGCGUCCCCGGAAGUAAUGGCGGCGAUGGCCCCCCCACCGUCUUCACCAUGGGUCCCAGGAACUUUCCCCCACCACCCCGAACAGCGAUGUCUCACAAUUCAUGACUUGAUGCUUCUGUACCUUUGAUGGGGACGGCGAUGAAGGCUGCGGGACGAGACUGGCGACGGCGGGCUACGCCGUGUACGGCGUCGACUACGAAGGGCACGGCAAGUCCGCCGGCGCGCGCUGUUACAUCAGGAAAUUCGACCACCUCGUCGCCGACUGCGAUGCCUUCUUCAAGUCCGUCUGCGGUUGGUAUCUCCCUUUCUGUAUCUAUCUCUGUGUUUUCUGGGCUUGUCGAGCUCUGUGAUUCUGAAAGUGGCCGGCUGAAGAUGGGCACCGGGAGAAGCGGAGGUUCCUGUACGGCGAGUCCAUGGGAGGGGCGGUGGCGCUGCAGCUUCACCGUAGGGAUCCCACCUUCUGGGACGGCGCCGUGCUCGUUGCCCCCAUGUGUAAGGUGGGUAUCAGCGUCCUCCUUUUUUUUCCCCCUUCCACGCCGCCGUCUUCUCCCUCACCCAGCGCGCCGCCGACGCAGAUCUCGGAGAAGGUGAAGCCGCAUCCGUUGGUGAUCAGCCUCCUGACCCGCGUCGAGGAGAUCAUCCCCAAGUGGAAGAUCGUCCCCACCAAGGACGUCAUCGACUCCGCCUUCAAGGACCCCGUCAAGCGUGAAGAGGUAGAAUUAUCCCCUCCUUCCCUCUGGUAAACAGAGACUGGUUCUGACGCCAUGGCCAUUGGCGCCCAGAUACGGAGCAACAAGCUCAUCUACCAGGACAAGCCCCGGCUCAAGACGGCCCUGGAGCUGCUCCGCACCAGCAUGGCCCUGGAACUCUGCCUCGGCGAGGUGCCCCGCUCUCUCUCUUGCUCUCGCUCGCUCGCUUGCUCGCUCUCCCGCCACCCUCGCCGGAAAGGCUCAGUUCGGUGCGGCCCCCUAGCAGGUGACGCUGCCGUUCUUCGUGCUGCACGGGGAGGCCGAUACGGUGACAGACCCAGAGGUCAGCCGCGCGCUGUGCGAGAGGGCGGCGAGCUCGGACAAGACGAUGAAGCUCUACCCGGGGAUGUGGCACGGACUGACCUCCGGCGAGCCCGACGCCAACGUGAACGCCGUCUUCGCCGACAUCGUCGACUGGCUCGACCGCCGCAGCGCCGUCCCGCGGCUUGCCGCCCCCUCCCCUGCUCCCCUCUCCGUCCAUAAAGAGGUGGUCCCCCGCCACCGGUCCAGAAGGCGCGGCGGCGGCGCCGCAGCCCGGCUGCUGUGCCGCUUGAGCGGGCGGAUGCACCAUCACUCCGCCAUUUAG